CUUGUUUGACAGUAAGUCGAAAAUAUCUCUCGGAAUGAAAAUAUCUCUCGGAAUCCGGGACAACAGACCCACAGCCGAAAAUAACACUCAUUGAGACAUCCCACGUGGAAAAAAGUUGACCGAGAUCUGAACUAGUAACAGAGCAAAACUAGCUCAUCCCCAUUCCCCACAAUCCAAACACUUUCAUCUUUGAGAUUCCUAUCCGUCGACGACACAGUUGUGACCAUGGCUGAGUUGGUGGGUGGAGCUUUUCUCUCUUCUUUCCUCUCUGUUUUGUUCCACCGGAUGGCUUCCCGUCCGGUCCUCGAUUUCAUCUCUGGGAAGAAAAACAACAACGAGCUGCUAAUGAGGGAGUUGAAGAUCAAGUUGCUCACUGCUAACAGGCUGGUUGACGAUGCCGAGGAGAAGCAGAUGACAAGCCCGACUGUGAGGGAGUGGGUCGACGAUCUCAAAGAUGCUAUCUACUGUGUAGGAGAGUUGCUGGACGAGAUCAACACUGAAGCUCUUCGACGCCAGCUGGAAGGUGACGAUGACCAUUCUCCUGCAGCUAGCAGCAGCACAAGCUGGAUCUCGAGAUCAGUAUUCAAGCCUUCUUCUGCGUCCGAUGAAUUUCACAACUCUCUUGAACCGAAGAUAUCAAAGGUUCUGCGCGUGUUAGACCUCAUUCUCAAUGAAAGAGACGCUCUUGGUCUGAAAGAAGGAGUUCAACAUAGACCACAAGAAAGAAAUCGUCAAACUACUUCACGGGUCGAUGAGUCUGGCGUCUUCGGAAGGGAAAAGGACAGAGAAACGAUUCUUAAAUCAUUGCGUUCGAAUGAUACUGCUGGCGCUAAGAUAGCAGUUCUUCCCAUCGUGGGCAUGGGAGGGAUCGGGAAAUCCACCCUUGCUCAACUUGUGUACAAACAUAUCAAGGAUGACUUUGAUGUCCAAGCAUGGGUUUGUGUCGGAGAAGAAUUUGGUAUUCUUCAAAUAGCACAAACAAUAUAUGGGAGAAUCAUAGCUCAAACUUGCACGAUCACAGAUCUGGAUCUGCUUUCUGAAAAAUUGGAGAAGGUUUUGACAGGAAAAAAGUUCCUCUUCGUUCUUGAUGAUGUUUGGAAUGAAGAUUAUGAUGAUUGGAAUAACUUGAUGACUCACUUCAAUAGUUGCGGAGGACAUGGAAGUAAGAUCAUUGUCACAACACGCCUCGGACGCGUUGCAUCUAUCACGGGGACUCUUUCAACACAUUAUCUACAGAUAAUAUCUGAGGACGAUUCUUGGUUGUUAUUUGCAAAGCAUGCGUUCACAAAUGCCAGUGUUGUUGGCGCACAUCCGGAGCUUGAAGUCAUUGGAAGACAAAUUGUUAAGAAGUGUCAAGGCCUUCCCUUAGCUAUAAAAUCAUUAGGGGGUCUAUUACACUCUAAUUCAAAUCCGAAGGAAUGGGAAAAGAUAUUGAAGAGUGACUUAUGGAAGUUGUCGAACGAUAAGAUUUUGCCGGCUUUAUGGUUAAGCUACUAUUAUCUUCCACCACAUCUCAAGCGUUGUUUUGCUUAUUGUUCGAUAUUUCCAAAAGGUGACAAAUUUACAAAAUCAGGGUUGACCUUAUUGUGGAUGGCCGAAGACCUCAUACAAUCCAAAGAGGAGGGCGUAUUGGAUCCGGAAGAAGUUGGAAGUGAUUACUUUGACAUUCUAUUAUCAAGGUCUUUCUUUCAACAUUCAGGUGAAUUAUGGGGUGAGUCAUAUUUCACCAUGCAUGACCUUAUCAAUGAUUUAGCAAAGUUUGUAUCUGGAGAGUUUUGUUUGAGAUUGGAGGAAAUUCAGCCGCCCAACAAAAAUUUAUGCAAAACUCGUCACUUUUCAUUCAUGAAAUUUGGAGGUCAUGACAUUCAGAAAUUUGAGGCGCUGGAUGAGGCUAAGCACUUGCACACCUUUCUACAACUUGAAUACGUACCAGACUGUUGUGGUAAUAAGUUGGCAUUGGACUACACACUUGUUGAUUUAUUACCAAAUCUACCAUAUUUAAGAGUGCUCAAGUUAUCUGCUAUCGGUGAGUUGCCUAGCUCAAUUGGCAACUUAAAACAAUUAAGGCAUUUGGAUGUGUGUGAGACUUCAAUAAGAGAAUUACCUGAGACGGUGUGCACCUUGUACAAUUUACAGACCUUGUUAUUGUUUGGUUGUCAUCGUCUGAUUCAACUACCAUCCAAUUUGAGAAGGCUAAUCAACUUGCGCCAUCUUGAUAUCCGUGACACAGAGAUUCAAAAGAUGCCUGCAGGGAUGUGUAAUUUGAAAAAUCUCCAAACAUUAAGCCAUUUUGUGGUGGACAAACAAACAGCUCAAAGGAUUGGAGAGUUAAAAGAACUUCAGCAUUUGCGCGGAACACUUCACAUCUUAGGAGUUGGUAACGUUAAGGGGAAUGCUUUGGAGGCAGAUAUCAUGAGCAACAAGGAGUAUCUGGACCAACUUGUUUUGACAUGGGGAAGAGGUUAUGAUGCUAGUAAUCAUGAUCCAGAAAAUGACAGAGAAGUGCUCAACAAGCUCCAACCUCAUACAAACCUCAAACAACUUGAGAUUAUGUCUUACGGGGGUUUAAGAUUUCCAGGUUGGUUAGGAGAUCCAUAUUUCUCUAAACUAUUUUCUAUUCAACUUACAGUUUGCAAACAUUGCUGCUUAUUGCCACCACUUGGGCAACUACCCUCCCUCAAAGAGCUUCAUGUUCGAUGGAUGAAUAACGUGGUUGAGAUUGGUAGCGAGUUUUACGGUAAUGAUACUUGUGGGAUUACUCCAUUUAGAUCUCUACAACAAUUGUUCUUCAUAGAUAUGUUGGAGUGCAAAAAGUGGUCAUAUUACGAUGGAAGCAGAAGCAACACCACAAUACUGUUUCCUAAUCUUCGUGAGCUUGUACUGAGCAGAUGUCCCAAGCUAACUGAGAUAGUACCGUUGGAGAAGCUGCCAAGGCUUGAAAGCGUACAAUUGUGGGACCUGGAAUCCUUCAAUGGUUCACUUGCACAUGUGGAAUCUGAAUGCCCUAAAUUCCUCUCCCUCGUUCACUUGCGAAUAGACAACUGCCCAAAUUUUGUAAGUUUUCCAGAUGGAGGGAUGGAUGCACCCAAAUUGGAGGAGCUGCGUAUCUCUCAAUGCAAGAAAUUGAGGUCGUUGCCAGAACAAAUGCAUACCCUUCUACCGUCUCUUCAGAAAUUGGAAGUGUUCAGCAGUCCAAAAGUGGAAUCAUUUCCUCAUGGAGGGUUGCCGUCAAAUUUACAACACCUUCGUCUUGACUGUUGUAGAAAACUCGCUGCAAACUGCUCAUUGUGGGGUUUAAAAAGACUCAACUCUCUUAGAGAUUUGAAAAUCUUUUUCACUGAAGAAGGUGGAGAAGAAAUGGGAUGUUCGUUUCCGGAUGAGGGGCUGCUGCCCACCGCUCUCACUCAUCUCGCCAUCCGCAAUCUUCCCAAUCUUACAACCAUCCAAGGCAAGGUGUUGAGACAACUCACCUCUCUUGAAGACCUCACAAUAUACAGAUGCCCUGAGCUCCAGUGCUUUCUUGAAGAAGCGCCAAAAUCUCUGAAAAGCUUGACUAUUUGUGAGUGCCCUAAUAUCAGGUGCUUGCCAGGAGCAUGGCUUCCCACGUCUCUUUCUCGACUGAAAAUCUGGAGGUGUCCGCUGCUAGAAGAACGAUUCGGAGAGAGACGGGAAGAUUGGCCCAAGAUUGAUCACAUCCCCAGAGUGAGUAUAACAUAGACGUUCUUGAAAUUAGGUCUCUCUCUCUCUCUCUCUCUCUCUCUCUCUCUCUCUCUCUCAGGUGUAUGUGUGUCUAUCCAGCAGCACAUGCUCUUGUUGUGCAGUGUUGAAUUUGCCACAAACUUGGUAAUGAAACAACAAAGGGGUGAGCUGGUAUAGCUCUUGUUUUGCGAUGGAGUAGGUACUAGGCUAAAACGAGCAAAUUUGAUUUCGUCAAUUUGUCUAUUCGAAUGUAUAUGUAUCACCUUGCUCAUUCUCAUAACCUCAUUGUAUGUAUCAUGUUGACUUAAAUUUGAUAGGGCCAUCAAGUUCAGCUCCUCCUAACGCCAUUAAAUUCGUCACUGUUUGAUUAAUGUCUGGCACUGUCAAGAACAAAAGUGAAGACUUUCCAUUCUGCAUCGCA